GGUCUGUGUUUCCCUCCGCUCCCCGGCGCUGCAGCCCUGGGGCCGAGUGCUCGCCGGUUCUGCCUUCAGGUCCCUGCGCCCUUUCACCGCUCCGCCUCCACCCUUCACCCCGAUACGUUUCGCCUCCGCGGCCUCUAGGUCACCCUUAGAAGCCAACAGUGAGCCCACCGGAGCCCGCGUCACGGAGCUCCGGAGCAGGCAGGGGUCGUCGCGGGGAGGUGGCGGCGACGAGAAGGGCCAGGAGCAGGCGGCCGCCAGCAGCCCCCGGAGCCGCGCAGCAUCCGCGUCUACAGCGACCGGGAAGCCACGCCCGCUCGCGAGCGGGGGGCUGGCCUUGUCCCCCCCCCUCCAGCCUCCCCUCCCUCGGACCCCUCCCCGCUCAGUCCCUCCCUCCGCCCGCGGCUCGGCUCGCGGGAGGCGCAGGGCGCCGGGGCUGGCGCGCUCUCCCGGGCGCACACACAGAUCCACGCACGCACGCCCAGAGCAGCUGUCUCCGCCGUGGCCGGCGCUCCUCUCGCCCAUGCGGACAGACAGAGCGCAGGAAGAUGGCUGACGACUCCUUCGGGCCCCGAGGAUGCAGCCCGGCGGCGGCGGGAGCGGGAGCGGCGGCGGCGGCACCGGCAGCGGCGGCAGCAGGAGCGGCGGCGGCGGCGGCAGGAGCGGCGGCGGCCGCGGCAUCCCCGAGACUCCCCGGGCUACCCUUCCCCGUGACGGCCACUGACGGUCUCCGCCGCUAGAAGAGACCCCCGCUCCUCCCUCGCCUGUCUCCCCCCACCUCCCAGCCCCGGACCCGCCAGCACCGCUACCUCCGCCAGCGUUGCCACCAUCAUCGCCACCUCCACCUCCGCCACCGCCACCGUCGCCACCACCACCACCACCGCCGGCGGCGGCAGCAGCCAUUUCAUCUCCACAGAAACCAGACACAAAAACAUGGCAGAAAUGGAGAAAGAAGGGAGACCUCCGGAAAAUAAAAGGAGCCGGAAACCGGCUCACCCUGUGAAGAGGGAGAUCAACGAAGAGAUGAAGAACUUUGCAGAAAACACCAUGAAUGAACUUCUUGGCUGGUAUGGCUACGAUAAAGUUGAACUAAAAGAUGGUGAAGACAUUGAAUUCAGAAGCUACACUACUGAUGGAGAGAGCCGGCAACACAUUUCUGUUCUCAAAGAAAAUUCUUUGCCAAAACCAAAAUUACCGGAGGACAGUGUUAUUUCAUCUUACAAUAUAAGCACAGGCUACUCAGGCCUUGCCACUGGGAAUGGACUCAGUGACUCACCUGCAGGGUCAAAGGACCAUGGCAAUGUGCCUAUUAUUGUCCCUUUAAUCCCACCGCCUUUCAUAAAGCCGCCAGCAGAAGAUGAUGUGUCAAAUGUACAAAUAAUGUGUGCCUGGUGCCAGAAAGUGGGGAUCAAGCGCUAUUCCCUGAGUAUGGGGAGCGAGGUGAAAAGCUUCUGCAGCGAGAAAUGCUUUGCGGCCUGCCGGAGAGCCUACUUCAAAAGAAAUAAGGCUAGAGAUGAAGAUGGACGUGCUGAAAGUUUUCCCCAGCAGCACUAUGCUAAGGAAACUCCAAGGCUUGCCUUCAAGAAUAACUGCGAACUACUUGUGUGUGACUGGUGUAAACACAUAAGGCACACAAAAGAAUACCUGGACUUUGGGGACGGGGAAAGAAGGCUUCAGUUCUGCAGUGCAAAAUGUCUCAAUCAAUACAAAAUGGACAUUUUCUACAAAGAGACACAGGCCAAUCUUCCAGCUGGGCUGUGCAGCACGUUACACCCUCACAUGGAGAGUAAAGCAGAAGGCACCGGGGUGCAGCUGCUCACUCCAGACUCUUGGAAUAUCCCGCUAACAGAUGCUCGGAGGAAAGCCCCCUCCCCCGUGGCUGCAGCUGGCCAAAGCCAGGGCCCUGGCCCAUCCUCGUCCACCACCGUUUCUCCAUCUGACACUGCCAACUGCUCUGUCACUAAAAUCCCCACGCCGGUGCCCAAGUCCCUCCCCAUCAGCGAGACUCCAAGCAUCCCUCCGGUCUCGGUCCAGCCACCUGCUAGCAUCGGUCCUCCGCUGGGUGUCCCGCCUCGCAGCCCUCCCAUGGUGAUGACCAACCGCGGCCCAAUGCCCCUGCCCAUCUUCAUGGAACAGCAGAUCAUUCAGCAGAUCCGCCCGCCCUUCAUCCGCGGGCCACCUCACCACGCCUCCAACCCCAAUAGUCCCUUGUCCAACCCCAUGCUCCCGGGCAUUGGGCCCCCGCCCGGAGGCCCCAGGAACCUAGGCCCCACUUCCAGCCCCAUGCACCGGCCCAUGCUAUCUCCCCACAUCCACCCCCCAAGUACCCCUACCAUGCCUGGGAACCCCCCAGGGCUGCUACCCCCGCCGCCCCCGGGCGCGCCCUUGCCCAGCCUUCCCUUCCCUCCGGUAAGCAUGAUGCCAAACGGCCCGAUGCCGGUUCCCCAGAUGAUGAACUUCGGGCUGCCGUCGCUGGCCCCGCUGGUGCCGCCCCCCACGCUGCUCGUGCCGUACCCCGUGAUCGUACCCCUGCCGGUGCCCAUCCCUAUCCCUAUCCCCAUUCCCCACGUGAACGAUUCCAAGCCCCCCAACGGAUUUUCCAGCAACGGAGAGAGCUUCGUUCCGAGCGCCCCGGGCGACUCCUCAGCGGCGGGUGGCAAGGCUGGUGGACGCUCCCUGUCCCCGCGGGACUCCAAGCAGGGCUCUUCCAAGUCAGCGGACUCGCCUCCUGGAAGCUCGGGCCAGGCUCUGAGCCUGGCGCCCGCGGAGCGCGCUCGCGGGGAGGUAGUGGACCUGACCCGGCGCGCGGGCAGCCCCGCGGGCCCCGCGGGAGGCCAGCCGGGCUUCGCGGGCGUGCUGCACGGCCCGCAGGACGGCGUCAUCGACCUGACCGUGGGCCACCGAGCCCGGCUGCACAACGUGAUCCACCGCGCGCUGCACGCUCACGUCAAGGCGGAGCGCGAGCCGGGAGCCGCGGAGCGCAGGACCUGCGGCGGCUGCAGGGACGGCCACUGCAGCCCGCCCGCCGCCGGCGACCCCGGCCCGGGCGCCCCCGCGGGCCCCGAGGCCGCCGCCGCCUGCAACGUCAUCGUGAACGGCACCCGCAGCGCCCCGGCCGAGGCCAAGGGCGCGGAGCCCCCGCCCGAGCAGCCAACGCCCCCCGCCCCUCCCAAAAAGCUACUGUCGCCGGAGGAGUCCGCGGUGAACGAGCUGGAGUCGGUCAAGGAGAACAACUGCGCUUCCAACUGCCACCUGGACGGGGAGGCGACCAAAAAACUGAUGGGGGAGGAAGCCCUGGCGGGGGGCGACAAGUCGGACCCGAAUCUCAAUAACCCCGCGGACGAGGACCACGCGUACGCUCUGCGGAUGCUGCCCAAGACCGGCUGCGUGAUCCAGCCUGUGCCAAAACCCGCGGAGAAGGCUGCCAUGACGCCGUGCGUCAUCUCCUCGCCCAUGCUCAGCGCUGGCCCCGAGGACCUGGAGCCUCCGCUCAAAAGGAGGUGCCUCCGAAUUAGAAACCAGAAUAAGUAAAAAAAAACAAAAACAAAAACAAAAACAAAAAAACAAAAAGGUUUGUAUGUCCACCUGGGCGCUCCUCCAAGAGACAGUGCCCCUCGCCUUGCUUGUCAGAAGGCAGAGGUGAGAUGCACCAUGGCGUCUCCUACUGCUUUCUCGGUGCACUUUGGGUGGCCAGGUACCAUCAACGUUUUGAUCCAACACCUGUGACAGGUGGCAGUGUUAUUUAGUACAACAUUCCCAGUUUACAGCCGAGAGACAGUUAAGAGCCAAGAUCACUCAAGCCCUUGAACCUGAAUUGAAAGCACACUGUCUUUUUGCGACACACUAUUUUCUUCUUUUCGGGUUCAUUCCUAAUUUAUCCAACUGGAAAAGGGAGUGUGGGAGGGAAGAUUUCUUGAGGAAUCUUACUGUCGUUCAGUUAGGAGCUUGCAGGACAGUAUUGAAAUGUCUGGGUAACCCAUCAGAGCUGGUAGUCCCUUUGGCAAACCCUUAAUCUAGCUUCUCAUGGUAACCAUAUCUGUGGGCUAACAUGGAAAACUAGCCUUCCGGCCAACCUACCACGCCCCCUUUUCAGGGAUUCAGUGGCUGAGCUGAUGUGUCUCACUUCUACCUGUAGACCAUAAUGAAGUGGGAGGCACAUCUCUAUACCCUAUGACUGUUGUACCCUAUUUACUACCCAGUGAGCCAAGAGUUCGCGUGAGCCACUAUGGCGACUCUUGCCAAUCCUAGUGGAGGAGGCAUUGUCAGUCAGUAGCACACUACCAAGAAGGAAGCUGUGGCAUAGAGAUAUUGGCUCAGUCCGAGCUUGUCGUGGAGGACCCAGUGUUGACUUCAGGCCUGUCCAUCCAAUCCCAGAGUGGGAGCUCUCCCAUCUACCCAAGCAGGCAACAAGCCAAACCUUAGGUUGUUUAUUAACCAAUUAUAGAAAGGAAAAGAGAAAUGGGUAUUCCUCCAGCAUUUAACCUUAGACACUGCCCCUUCCCUGGACUAGAGGCACACAAGAAUGUGCUACUGGGGUGCAACAAAGUAGGUCCACUGCAUCCUAUGGUAGGGGGUGUAAAUCCAGGCAGGAAAGAGCUUGGGGGAGGGGGAGGCAGGGCGAAUAUUCCUCACAGGGUAUGCAGGCACUUCUGAGUGGUUUCCUCUAGUACUUCUUUGGAGCUAGAUCCAUAGAACAGCAAUCUUCAUUCUCCUGGUGGAGAAAUAGGGUUGGGGAACUUGUCCAAGAUUAUCUAACCUGUGAGCAGAGUUGCCAUUCAAAUCCAAGUUGUGAAGUCCAAAGCUAAAUUUCCUUUCCCUGCUGACUUAGGAGAAUCAGCUAAUUAGUCCCUCCAUCACCACAUUUACCAAAGAAAAAAUUCUCUUAUGGCCUUGAGGGAAAGUUCAUAAAACACAGCAACAAGCUCGCCCAGUUUACACGAUCCUAGACCACCAAGCAACCUGUCGCUUUCACAGUGGGAACGUGGGCCCUUCACUGAUGGCCAGAGUGGAAGCCCUGAACCAGAGAAGAGGGCUAAUUGGCUAGUGUGAGAAUCUUUUCUUGGCCACCAUGGUUUGAGGUCUCCUUUCCUACUGGUGACUUUGCGAACAGGGGCAGGACAGCAGAGAUGAGGUCACCGUUUUUUCCCCCGUUAGCCUACUAUGUCUUCAGUCUGAAGGCAGGUGGCCUUGGCCUUCUCGAAGGUGUGCCAACCGAAAACGCCCCCAGAUAAUUUAAUCUGCUUGACAAUGCUUUGAGUGAAGGAUUAACAUGUGACUCUCUCCUGAAAAAGUGAGCCCCUUCAGAAAGUACUGGGAAUUGUCACUUACACACACACACACACACACACACACACACACACACACACACACAAUGCCAUUACUACAGUCCCUAUAAGUAUUUAAAGACCAAAGGGUCAUAAAAGCAUAAGUUGUAUGAAUGGCUGUUUGGGGCAUCUUUGUUUCUGCAGGAGUCAUCGGACAAGGGUAGUUUUUGUGGAUCAGCAUCACCACUAAAAAUGUUAACUUGGCAAUAGCCAAGUCUAGAAGAUGCUGUGACCAAAUUGCCCAACUCUUGUGACUGGAGAGUCAUUUUCACUGUGAGUCUCCCAAGAAAUUACAGCUCUUUUUGAAAGUCAGGCAAGGGUUUUGAGGGCUGCCGAGAGGAGGCAAGGCAAGAGAUUUAAGGAGGGGGGACUGUGUCUCCAGUAAGUCAACAGGGCACCCAAGUAGAUCGCUGGCCCCGUGUCACUUCAGGACCCAGCCUGCACCUGUAGUAAUCCACCCUCUGGCCCUUGUGGUUCCCUGUACACAGACAGUGCUGCCUUUGCUCCAACCCUCAGAAACUCACGUGGUUGGGGAAGUUGGAAAUACAGUCUCUUAACUAAGGACUGAGUACCCUUUGUGCCCUACUAGUGAGCGCUCCUUGGCAGCAACUUAAACUCAAACUGAAAGCAUUAAAAGAAUAAAAAUGAAUAAAGAAAAGCAAGGGCUGUGGGGAUGCUUUGGUGGGCGAAGUACUUGUCACACAAGCACAAGGAUUGCCAGCCCCAUGUAAAAGGUGACAUGCCUCGGUGCAGAACUGCAAAUCCCAGGACUGGAAGUCAAAGACAUGAUCCUUGGGGAGGUCUAGCUGAGCACCCAUAUGCCUAAAUUAGUUGCCACACCUUUACCGUACCAUACCAUAAUUUUGUAGAAUACAUUUCGAAAUCCACAAGCCACGAGAUUAGCCUUCAGAGACCUCGACACGUUCGUUAGAUCUCUGCAGACUGCACACCCCCUCUCCCAUUUUGAAAUUAUUCUGUCCCCCUGCUUUCCCGACUUUACUCAUUCUUGUUUGUGCGUAUGGUUACAGAUGAUUCCAACGGGCAGAUGUUUCUUCCAUAUGCAGAACUGACUAAGUUUAGUUGAAGAUUUUUAGAAGGUUGUAAACUUUCUUUAAUUGCCAAUGUUUAAAGUUAGGAAUACUAGUCCUGCUGCCUCAGUAGCUAGAGAAAAAAAAAUCCCCACAAAUAAUAACAAAGGCAAUGUAUGAGCACUGUCUAAACUAUUCUCCCCACACAGAAUUCCAUUGGUAGAUGUCCUAGUCCCCUCCUUUACUGAUGCCUGGAAGCUUGCUGGGUAGCUGUCGGAACCCAGGGGGAUGUUUGUACUAGAAUCUCUAUAGUUUAUACUUAUUUAUGGUACUUCGGGGAGUUCAGAGUAACCAUGUGUAAACUUUUGAAGAUAUUCAAAGAAAAUACCCUCAUUCCUUGGUUUUCCGGAGAAAUAACACAUUUUAAACAAAAUAAUCAGUGGAAAAUGUGAAAACCAGGAAUAACCCUUUCAUCACCCAUUCUUUCUGCUCCCUUGGAGCAGUAGAAGCACACAGUUCCCUCUGCUCUGUGUUUCUCCAGUCUCUUACAUGUUUCUAGAACUGUGGAAAUGGGUAGAGAGAAUACAUGAUUCUUCAUUCCCAGUCCAAAUUCCACAGUGUUUGUCCCUGCUCAGCAUCGGGGAGGAUACACUUUGCAUUUGAAGAGAACUGGAGGAGGUUCAUGUAAUUUGGGCUUCUUGGAGCUUAGUCUGGUCAUAGAGCCACGAUCCCCAAACCACUGUUUCAAAGCAUAGGAUUAGCUUGACAGGGGAAGCCAAAAAGGGGGUGAUAAGGUACUCACUGCUGAAAAAUCCAAGACAACAGCCUCCCUUGGAAAGCAUGGGAAAGUCAGAAUAAAACCAUGGGUUCCCACUUCUAAAGAAAAGAAAAACUAACAGAGUAGAGAGAAGAAGUUGGUACAAGUGGGAAUUCCCCAUCCCUAGACUGGACCCGAGCUGUUUAUGCUGAAGUAUUGAAUGAUUAGAAAUAUCCACUGGGUGACAACACCUGAAUUAAAGGUUAUCCUAGCCUUCGGUUUGCACUUGGCAUAGUUCUGGGUGGAAGGGCUGCAAAGAGCCACUGAGAGCCACCAGGCACUGGUGACUACAUAUAGGACAGAGCUGGCUGCGAUCACCAUCAUUCUGAAAGAACAGUGGCGAGAUGAAGCACGGAAAUGUUUAUCCAAGUGAUCUCCCCCGCUGCUUGUAUCCUAAGUACCAGGGGUUUGUAGAGGGAGGGACCUUAAUAUGCAACUUUUAGAUAUUACAUCAGUGAGGUUCCAAUGGAAGGUGGAAUACCAAGUGACCGGGUGGUUUGUGUUUGGGGAUAAAGUCAUAGACUUGUCAUUGGAGAAGUACUGGAACUGAGUUGAGACAAGAGAAACAUUUGGUGCGCGACCUUGCAAGAGGGACCCACUCUGUCCUGUAAGUGUGGUGGCACUCUGUGCUGUGAGAGUAUAAAAGGUUUUAUGAGCUCACUCAUUGUUUAGGGAUGGAGAGUCCAUAGAUUUGGAAUCCAUUUCCCUCUGAAGGGUUAUCUUGCAUAGUUAAUAAGCAGUAUCUGGAAUGGGUUUUUUUUUUUUUCCGUUGCUCCAAGGGGAGCUAAUUACCAGUUAAAAAUGAGAAUUUGGGUUUUGGCAGUUUUUGCCAUGUCACAAGUUACCGGAUACCUUUAAAGGAUUACUUUAGUGACCCAAUACAAAAGUUAAAGCUACCAUACCCAGUGAUGGCCUGGGGUGACAGAAAGAAUAUAAAACAAGAGAAGAUACAAAGCUAGAUACUACCGAGGCACCUGGACUCCCAGAGCUUAUACAGUAUGGGAGAUGCCUUCUUAUGGGAAAAUGUCACUGAGACCAAGGGAAGAGGCUGGCUGGAGUUGCAGAAAUGAACAGGUGAGUGAAACUGGCAUGGGGGGCAGGCUAGAAGAUCUGUGGAGAGCAUCCCAGAUCCCCCAGCAUGAAGAGAAAAAGAGAGGGGGCUAAGGAAUGGAAAGCAGGAAGCAUUUGACCCACUAUUAGCAAGCAAGCCGUUGCUCAGAAGGGCCCUGGAAAUAGAUGGAUGGCCAGGUGUGAUAGCUGGGUCCCUUGUCAGGCUGAAAGCAGCUACCUGUGCAUCAUGACUCAGUCACUCACACCUACUAACAUACGGUAGCCUUGGAAAGAGGCAGAAAUGUCUAAGGGACCCACACAGUGGAACACUUGGCUGCUGUGAAGGUUAUUCACCUCCAGACCAGCCCUCUCCCUUUCCAGACUCCCCUGUUCAAAGAGAUCCUACCAAGGGGUGGGAAGGCUACUCUAUUUUCCUUCUCCACGUCCUGUACAGAGUUCUUUGCCUCAUUCAGAUGCUGUGUUAGUGCACUUCCUACAUGGAUGGAUGCUAAGGAGAUACAUGUAUGUGCAUGUAAAUUAUUAUAACUGCUUCAAAAGGCAUACAGGCAGUUCAUUCAGACAAAGAGAUAAACCAGCUUUAAGAGAUAAUACAGUUAGAUAUGGGGUGUGUUUAGUGGGCCAAUCAGAUGGCAGCUCUAACUACCAAGUAAGUAGCGCUUUUCUUCAGAUUUCUGGAUCUCCAUAGCACUGAUGUGGGGGGUCGGGGGAGAGGCAUGAACCCAGAAUGGUGAUUGCACGGCCAACAACAGGGUGGGAACAAUAUGCUUUACUUUUUUAAAAAAUUAUUUGUAUGUGUAAAGAUGUUUUGCCUGCAUGUAUCCCUGUGCACCAUAUGUGUGCAAGUGCUCAUGGGUGCCAGAAGGCAUUGGGUCCCCUGGGACUAGAGUUACAGGAGGUUGUGAGCUGCUGUGUGGGUGCUGGGAAUUGAAUCCUAGACCUCUGGAAGAGCAACCAGUGCUCUUAACCAUGGAAUCAUCUCUCCAGCCCCAAUCCAGAUUAUUUUAAGGUUUGUCUAAAAAAAUGCUACACUUAAAAUGAUUGGAGCAAAAAUAGACCACAAAACAAACCUUGGGAUUAAUAGCUAGUGCUUUCAAAUAGUUCCUAAGUGUGCAUCUAACAAUUCUUAAAUCGAUCAAAUGUGCAAAACCUGGGGAGAGGAGCCAGAGAGCAGAACAAAAUGGUCAGGACUCUGACAAAUCCAAACUUAGCUGUGCCCACAGUUUUCCCAUCAAUGUCUCUUCAAACCUCCAAUGGCAUGGCUGUGUUUUGCUUUGGGUAAAGCACAAAGCAAAGAGGCACAUGCUGGCAUUUAAAGAAUCACAGGUGAGGGCGAUCUUAGGAACUCAUUUGGUAAGAGUCGGGCCUAAUGUGCAAAAGACACACUUAAAACGUCUGUGGUUCUCUCUUUUGCAUAGCUCCCGUCCCCUGCCAAAGAUUUUUGUCUUGAAAAUGAGUGGGGUCCCAUUUGUGUGUGUCAGUUUGUAAGGAUAGCCUCCUCGAAGCUGCCUUGGUCUGGAGCGUUUCUAAAAUGAUACCAUCUUAGGCUUGAGGCAGCCCACAAUAACAAAGUAUCUAGAAGCACUGGGCUAAGCUGCUUUUGGUGAGAGAAGAGCAACCCUGUAUUUUACCCUUCCGUUCCUGCUUUAACAUUCAGACUGUAACAGGAUUGUUUUCUAAAGGAAUCUGUACAUUCAUGCUUUAGAACGCGUGCAGACUGGGUGUUGUGUGAGAAAGAGUGAUCAGGUUUAAGUUGCCCUACCAAGCUCUGCAUGCCGUCAACAAGCUCUUUUGAUAUUUUAAACCCAUAUUUAGAGUAAUUUCAAGAUAUUUGGAGCACAUGUGGUUAAAUGUAAAAACUUCGUCAUUACGAUUUGUUAGAUGCUUAUACUUUAAAUAUUUAUAAGCCAUUUUUAAGUACUUCAUCCAAAAGCCAUAUCCCAUAGAAUACUAUAAUUGCGCGGUAUCCAAGCACUAUUAUGGAAGAUUUGGGGAAAGUCAUAGCACGCAGGCACAUUUUUCCUGCUUUUCUGGUUUUAAUUCAAAUGUCAUUUUUAGUGGAUUUGGCUUUUUUUUUUUUUUAAUGUGUCAAAACUCCUAAACAUGAUUGGUUGUCUGCUAUUAAAAAGAUAAUCCCCCAGUACUCCAAAGGUAAAAUGCUCUCACUUGAACCAAGUUGAGUUCGCUUCUUCUCCUGAGAGUGAUCUCGCCCAUGAGAAAGUCAGAUCUCAAUAUGUGUGCAUCAGGAGCCUGAAGCAUCAGAAUUUUCCUCUAAAACCUUUCAGGGAAAAACUUGUUGGUGGAGAGAGUGGAUUUGUUACUUUUGCCUCUGGUCACAGUGUCACAGGCCUGUUGGAAGGUGAGACUUAGUGGUCUUUGUCAUCGGGAGCCUGUUGGGCACAGAGGAAGUGGAGAGUACCUUCCAAACUCACAAUCCACUGAAGCUUCAGAGGUCGUAAAUCUCAGACUGCUCACAUGCCUCCAGGGCUCACACUCUUUUAUGGCCAGCAAAAUACAACCUUCUGCUAAGGACGGAGGGAAAAGAAGGCUUAAGAAGCCUCAUAAACCUGCCCGGACAUCUAUUAGCGCUUACCAAACAGGGUUUUCAUGAGCUAAGUGUAAAUGAGUCAGAAACAUAUAGAUAGAAUUUCUUUUAAAGUACACAUGGGUUUAAAAAUUAAAGCCAAAGUGCUUGGCAAAAUAAGGUUUGGUUUUAGCCAAACCCCAAAUGUUCAAGAGAAAAAAAAAUUGUUCUAGAGUCUGCCAAACCAAAAAUAUACCCAGGUCCCUCCAUUUCUCCCAUUUGAUAUGAUGACAUCAUAAACAUGGGACUUAAUGGCUAUUUUCACAUCCUCCAAGGUUCAAGCAAUGUUAAUCUCAAAAGUUGAUUGAAAAACGAUGAAAAUGUUGAGUAGAAAAGCUUUCUGGCCCUGUACAUGAAGACAAGGGCUACUGGUUGACGGUCUCGUCCUGGUUUUGAGAGCACGCUCCUUAGCCAUGAGCACACACCUUGUUGUUUUCUCACCUCUGUGUGUUUAACAUGUGUGUAUACAUGUGUGCUCUCUUUUAUACAGAAAUAACAUUUUUUUUUUGAGAUAGUAUCUUAUGGAUUCCAGACUGGCCUCAAACUCCCUUUGUGGUGAGGGUGACUUUAAACUUCUGAUCCUCUUGCUUAUCCACCCCCAAGUGCUGGGAUUGUACAACUACAGCCUCAUGUCCAGUUUCUAUGGAUCAAACUUAGGCCGUCCUACAUGCAGGCAAGCAUUAACUAGCUGGAGGAACACCUCCAGUCCCCAGGAGUAAAAAAACUUUUAAAAUUCUAUACUUGGUAUUUAUAAAUCCUUAAUUUGUACUUAACUUACAUAUUACAAUCCAUAAAGCCUAAUAAACA